AGUGGUUGAGUGGGUAGAGUAGCUUAUUUUUUUUUAUUGUCAUUUACCAGAAAAAUUCCACACGCUUCACCCCCGCCAUAUCCUAAUCGCAGACACGAUGAACCCAAGGCUGCUACACUGGACUUGCCUCCUGGCUGCAUGCAUCCCCACCAACAUGCAGACCAGUCCACCAGACCUGGAGAUAAAAAAUGUGUGCGAGAGGCCCUGGAAGAUGGUGUACGCACACUCCGAGGAAGGAACGGCGCUCUUUGGAAGAAAAGACCAGCUCGUGGAUGACGUCAUCGCCGGGAAGGAAGUGAAGGUUACCUUGAUCCAGACGGAUGAGACGUACUCGAUGCGGGUGGAUAAUGUCAACAAGCAAGGCAGCGAACUGUGUGCGGAGUCGCUGUACCACCUUGCCCACAACGGCACGCACGUGGACACGAACGCGCCUCGCCGCUUCUACAUCGUCUGCACUUCCGGCUACGUCAGCAUUCUGCAGGAGUCUGGAGAGCAGAAGCUGCUGCAGGUGACGAUGUACUGGUAUACCAAGGACCUGACGGACCGUGACCGGCCUGUCUACUCCAGCUUCAUCGACGGGUCGCGUGCAAAAGGCCGCUUGGAAAACCUGUGGACCGCGGGCCGCACCAUGCCCCUCCGUGCAGUCAUGCGUGACCGCGGCUAUUCUUUCCCCAUGCACAACGUCUUGGUGGAUUCCACCACCGGCGUCGUCAACGGACAGAACGUUAAGCAUCUCGGGCAGACAGUGGAAGGCAACUACACCAAGUUCACACCCAACCCCUACGUCUGGUACUCUUCGUGGUCGACGCGCGGGUCCCGCCACAACGUCAGGUGGUCGUUGGACAAGCACGAGCCCAGGGGCAGCAACUUUGACGCCGUGGCCCUGGACUGGCACGCGGACACGUGCUGGCGCAUCGCCUACGUGCACGACGCCAACGGUAACAGCGAGUUCGGAAGUCUGGAGCACUUCAAGGCUCAGGUUCGCGAAGGUCACCGCGUGCACGUUAAGGUCGACGACGUGUCGGCAGUGGUCAGCAACGUGCGUGUGUCGGGAGACGUCAUCUCGGCCCAGAUCCUCGACACCGUGGUCCGCAGGGGAGGCAAUAACGCCAGCAAGCACGACAUCCGCGACCACACCGCGCAUGCCUGGACUGUAGCCCACACCUCCGGCACGGUCCGGAAGUACGAGUACUUGGUGGGCAGCUCCAUGCGCAGACAGCUGCCCAUGACCCGGAAGAGCCUGUCGUGGAGCGUCGACACUCGCCCCUGGGUCACGGUCCUGCGCACGGAGGACCAAGGAAGGGUGAUGGAGGGCAACCCCCACCAGCUGCGGCGAGCCGUGCAGCAGGGCGCCAGCAUCCGCAUCAACCUGCAGCUGGACUCCAAGUCCGGCGACUUCUUGACGGAACCCGACAGCCUGCGCGUGGACGAUCCCAGCGGCGUUGUGUUCGCGCAGGCUCUGCAGCACGUCAGCGACAAGAAGACCAACAAGCCGGAAGAGUACGAGCUGCAGCCCAGCGCCUUCUACUGGUACUUGAUGAUCAGUUCGCUAGGAGAUGUCCGCAUGACCGCCUGGUAUGUCGGCAAGAACCAACGUCUUUACGACGAGCGAGCACCCUCGGCCAACGUCACGUGGUUUGCCAACUUCUAGCAAGCGGGGUGGGGACACGGAUCUUGGGGAUGAACAGAGCUUCCGUUUUAUGAUCGGAAUACUGUUUUUGUUUGUUGUUGUUGUUAAAGAUACCAGAUUGGUUCAGUCACAUCCUCUCUCCUUUGUUAAAUUAUUAUGUCACAAUUAUUAAUUAUUAUCAUUUUCUCUCACAUCUCUCAUCGUGUAGUUUUUGGUUCGGUCAACACAAGGUGCUUACCUGUAUGUGUGCAGAGAACAGUGACCGACAGACAAAGUGGGUGUAUCUGUAUUAAAGGUAUUUUCUCACGUGUAUGUUGACGGCUCGAAAGUAAACUUUGUUGUAGACUGACACGAGGACAAUGGUUCAGUAGUCUUCCAUAAAGUCGAAACUCUAGCACAAUGUACAGUGAACAAAUCUCAUGAAUAUUACAGUUCAUAUAAAUGCUGCUCUUAUUCAAAGAAAUGAUGCUAUCAUUUCAUCAGGUACUCGUUUAAGUGACUUUAAAAGGCUCAGUUGCUAUUUCUCAUCUUUGGUAGCGAAACUUUCUUCAUUCUAAUGAUUCUGCCGGACUUGUCUUCUUUGGUGUUUCUCUUGCUCGUUGGCAAGCUUUUUUUUUGUGGAAGUCCCUAAAAACUUUUUUUUUAUUCGGUCAUCUUACUUUUUCCUGUACUUUUUAGACGUGAUUUUUAAAAAUAGUAUAGUUAUUUUAUUUAAAUAAUUGCAAUCCUUUUACUAUUUUCUAAUGAAGUUUUAAAGACCAUUUCCUUCUGUUUCACAAUAAAAGCUUUGUUUCUUUUAUUCACCUUACAUUAUUAACGUCUUCAAACGUUGUGAACUCACGUGCAUUUUGUUAGCAUUUAUUUGUAUCUGGAAAAAAAUAUCCGUUCCUUUCACUUUAAAGAAAAUUCGAUCAAAACCAAAUCUUUGUGUAUCUGUGACCGUGACGUCACGACGAAAACAUUUGCAUGUAAAUAUGCGCAACUAUUUUUAUCCUACUUUUUAUUUUUAAUUUUUUUGUAAACAACUUCACAGAAAAAGUGUUCUUUGAAGUGAUCUGAAGGUAACAAAAUAAAUUAUUCGACUCUAAAAUAAAUGGGUAAUACAUCUCAAGCAGUCAGCAUCCAACAUAUCAACAAGCAGCAAACAAUAUAGACAGAGAACAACAGGAAGGAGGGGAUUAGUCUCUAAGCAAAAUAAUCCCAAGGAGGGAUCACGGUACUUUGAUCUAAGACAGCUUGCAGAAAAUAUACAUUAAUAAGUAAAAUAAAAAGUAGUUUGAGAAGAGA